AUGGUGGACGUCAGCAAGUGGCCCUUGUUCUCUCUGCUGAGCACUGAGGAGCUGGCCACAAUCCGACAGGCCUGUGUCUUUGGAACGUCCGCUAACGAAGCCAUCUACAUCACGCAUAGCAGCGAGGUAUUUGCGUUUGGGUUGAACAACAGUAGCUGCCUCGGCACAGGAGACAGUCUGAGCACCAUUGUGCCAAAGAAACUGGACUUCCUGCGGGGGAAAAAGGUCAUCAGCCUGAGCUACGGCAGCGGGCCCCAUAUCCUAUUGGCUACUGAUGAUGGACAGAUGUUUGCUUGGGGGCACAAUGGCUACAGUCAGGUGGGGAAUGGCACCACCAAUCAGGGACUGUCCCCGGUGCUGGUCACCGCUAACCUACAGAACAAGAAAGUGAGAGAAGUGGCGUGUGGCUCGCAUCACUCCAUGGCCCUCACUCACGAUGGAGAGGUCUUUGCAUGGGGUUAUAAUAACUGUGGCCAGAUUGGUUCAGGCUCGACAGCCAACCAGCCCUACCCCAGGAAAGUCACCGGCUGCCUGCAGGGUAAGACUUCAGUGGGCAUCACCUGUGGACAGACCUCCUCCAUGGCUGUGAUCGAGAAUGGAGAGGUUUAUGGCUGGGGCUAUAAUGGUAAUGGUCAGCUGGGUAUUGGUAACAAUGGAAACCAGCUGACACCCUGCCGCCUCACUGGUCUGCAAGGGCUGUGCAUUCAACAGAUUGUGUCCGGCUAUGGCCACUGCCUGGCACUAACAGACGAGGGGCUGUUGUACGCCUGGGGAGCAAACACCUACGGCCAGCUGGGAACUGGCAACAAGAGCAACCACCUCAGCCCCGUUCAGAUCAUGGCUGACAAAGAGAGGGUUGUAGAGGUUGCAGCUUGCCAUUCAACACACACCUCGGCAGCCAAGACGCAAAAUGGACAGGUGUAUAUGUGGGGUCAAUGCAGGGGUCAGUCCAUCGUCAUUCCACACCUCACGCACUUUACCAACACCGACGAUGUCUUCGCCUGCUUCGCCACGCCCUCCGUCAUGUGGAGGCUCAUGUCUGUGGAGCCCGACGACUUCCUGACUGUCGCCGAGGCUCUGAGGAAGGAGUUCGACAGUCCAGAAACGGCCGACCUGAAGUUCAGCGUUGACAGCAAAUACAUUCACGUGCACAAAGCUGUGCUGAAGAUCAGGUGUGAACAUUUCCGGUCCAUGUUUCGCUCCCAGUGGACGGAGGAUCAGCAGGAGGUGAUCGAGAUCGGCCAGUUCUCGUACCCUGUCUACAGGUCCUUCCUGCAGUUUCUCUACACAGACACUGUUGACCUUCCACCGGAGGAUGCCAUUGGCCUGCUGGACCUGGCCACCUCUUACUGUGAAAACCGCCUGAAGCGUCUGUGUCAGCAGAUCAUCAAGAGAGGAAUCACUGUGGACAACGCCUUCACCCUGCUGUCUGCUGCCAUACGAUAUGACGCGGAGCUGAAGCAGGAGCAACUGUAUGACAACAACAGUGGCAACGACAUUGUGAUCAAUUUCAGAGUGACUCAGACUGGAGCCUUCUGGCAGGUGGAUGGAGCGAUGCUCAAGGAGUUUAUCAGCAGAGCGAGCCGCUGUGGAGCCUUCAAGAACUGA